AUGCAUACAGACGAUAUUUCCGAUAAGGAAUGUGAAUUUGAAGAAGGUCCUGAUGAUAAUCCGAAUAUAACGAAGAAAUCAGUUUCUACGGUAGGAUUUAGAAAUAACUCUGAAAACGUUAGCGCUAGGCCAAUGGCCCUGCGCGCAACUCAGUCUUUUACGGGAGCAGUUGAAGAAUUACGUUUUUGUAGUAAUAUGCAAGGAAUGAACAUCGCAAAGGGAAUGGACGUAUCUUCGACACCUAAGUCGCCGCCAGUGUGCCCUUGCGGCUGCUUAUUGAGACCGACUGUUACGGGACCCUUUCGGACUAGAGAAAAAAAUACCCUAGCGCUGCAUGUAGUACCUCCAGAAGUUUUAAAUCACCAUGGAUACAAUUUUGAACCAAACGAUAUAGCAAUGUUUUGGAAAAAAGAUUGUCGUAUAUUUCUAUGGAAAGGUAGGUCAAAAAUUAAGAAGACUAACUCGAAGAACAAGGUGAUGUAG